UGUAUGCAAACACAAAAAAUCAAUGGCAUAACACAGACUAACUUCAUUUGGUGGUUCUUUUUUUUCCAGGUGGUUAAUAUUUAGGCAGCAUAUCAUAGACUAACUCCAUUUGGUGGUUCUAUUUUUUCAGGUGAUUAAUAAAGAAAAUAAAUGGCAUCAAAAGGUCAUGGUAAUGGAUGGCGUAAGAAAGGUAAGAAAGGACCUGAUAAUCUUCCCGCAGGUCAAUAUACAACACCACCAUCACCACCACCUGUUACCACAACUCUUCAAGCAGCUACUAUAAAUAUUCUUCCUCCUCUAAGGGCAACUAUUUCACUACCAAAUGCAUUUUUCAUGCCCCCACCGCCCCACCAGUUCCUGCCCUCUUUUCUCCAUAAUAGUCUGCAUAGUAGCUCUUCAUUUGUAACUUCAACAUCAUCCACACCUAGCCUUUCUGGAUUGAUAAUUGAAGGUCCUAGCACAUCAACAUCGCCAUCAAUUAAUAGUACUACAGUGUCUAAUGCUACAGCAGUUGCUUCCCAGAUUCUAAAAUUUAAAGAGGUAGUAGAAUAUGACGGCAAUGGGAGGCUAAUUAACGCCCCUGAUGGUUCAUUCCCGCAUAUAGGGGCGGACAUAUGAUUAUAGAAGUAAUUAAACCAUUUCAUACAGAGUCGUAGGGUAGUUAGAAUGAG